AUGGCUUUCGUGUCUUUGGUCCAACCGGAGCCCGGGAUUCCGCAGCAGAUCGCAGCCCAGGCUCGAAGUGCCAGGCCGACGAAUGUGCCGGCUGAGCGCGCGAAGUCACACCUCCCAUGCGAAAGUGCCACCGCCCUCGUAGGCAUGGGAGCCCUGGCUGCGGCCAGAAAGAGCAGACGAUGCAAAGUUGCUAGAGGUUCGGUCGCUGCCGCGAGACCCACAGUGGACGACUGGAUGGUCAAGCCGCUGGAGAGCCAGGACUUGAUCGCGCAGAGUCGGCCGGCCCAUUGGGUACUUCGCACCACGGAUGUCAAGGCCAACCUCAGGUUCUUCACGAAGAUCUUCGGCAUGAAGGUACUGAGACAUGAGGAGUUCGAGAAGCCAUGUGCAAUCACGUGCAACGGCGAGUUUGAGACGCCUUGGUCCAAGACAAUGAUUGGCUACGGACCCGAAGACGAAGGUUAUUGCUUAGAGUUGACCUACAACUAUGGAGUUUCGGACUACGAGCCUGGGACCGGUCUGACACACAUCGCUGUUGCAGUGGCAGAUCCUGAGGAGGCACUGAAAACAGCUGCCGACAUGGGAUACGCAGUGGAUGCGGAUAUCAUCACGGGUCCAGACGGCUACAACUUCCGAGUGCUGCCAAAGGAGGAUGAAGAUGAUGACCCGUUUCGGUACAUCGCCAUGAAGGUGGGAGACCUUGACAAGGCUGCAAGGUUCUACUGCGAAACCUGUGGCAUGGACGAGACCGAUGCGGUUCCGGACUGCCCGAUGUUCAGCGAGGGCGCCAAGGUUGUCCGAUAUCCUCAACAGCUGCCCCUGGUGCUUUUCCUGGACAAGGAUUCAGCGCCUCCGCAGAUCACGCAGUGGGAAGGGCGGCACGCAAUCGCAAUCCCUGGGAAAGCCCUCCGGGCCAUCUACAAGAGAAUCAUUGACAGCCACGGUGCCGACGGCAGCGUGCUCCACCACAUCCGU